GCGCCGCCCAGCCUAGUUAGUUUUCCCGAGGACACAAGGCAGAAAUGAGAGUCGCGUGUGGGAGGUGUGGUGAUUGAGAGGCCUUUCCUUGAGAGAGAGAGAAGGGGGAAUUCUAUAACGUUCUUGUGAAUUGAAAGAGUUUGUUUUUGUUUUAUUGUUAAGGAUAGUGCGUCGUGUUCGUCUGCAGUGUUCGUCUGGGAUGAUUAUAUGCCGGGAAAUCUGUGUUGUUGCUGUUGUUUUUUUUUUUCUAUAUGUAAUACAGUAAACAGAUUCCGUAAGGAUGACCGUACAGAACAAAGAGUGAUUCCUUAUUGCUGUAAAGGAGAAUCACCGACGUAGAGUACAGACUGUGAGAAUAACGAAUAUGAACAAGUUGACUCGUUUAGACUAACGCUCCACUGUUCUCCUGAGGACUUGGCGGAUACAAUACGUUCUGGAUAACACUGUCAUCUGUUAUUUUAUCCCAUGUAUGACGUACUGAAAGGAAUGGAUGGAAAAUCUGACGAUUUUUCUAUACUGACGUGCAGAGCUCUGUGAGAAACGCAUACCUGAGCACCAGCACAGGAUGAGGGUAUAAGGGCCGAAGUUCAAGUCAGCGGCUUCGUGUGGAGCCCAGAGUCAGCCAGAGUCAACUCUCGACAGCAGGAUGACGGUGUCGAGUCAGCCUGAGAACCAGAGUUACCCCGCGCUGCCCGACUCGGCCUUCGACGUGUCCAGGUCGGGGGGAGGCUUCAUGCUGGCCGACCUGGAGAUCGAGAUGCCGGUGUGGGAGUUCGUCCUCACGGUGGUCUGCCUCAGCACCAUCACCGUCUUCACCGUCUUCGGGAACGCCCUCGUCGUCCUGUCCGUGUUCACGUACCGGCCGCUGAGGAUCGUGCAGAACUUCUUCAUCGCGUCGCUGGCCGUGGCUGACCUGACGGUGGCCGUGUUCGUGCUGCCUUUCGGCGCCGUCUACACCAUCCUCGGGAAGUGGGUCUUCGGCCUCCACCUCUGCAGGUUCUGGCUCACCAUCGACAUCCUGUGCUGCACGGCCUCCAUCCUCAACCUGUGCGCCAUCGCCCUCGACCGCUACUGGGCCAUCAGCGACGCCAUCAACUACGCGCAGAAGCGAACCCGGAGGCGCGUGCUGGCCAUGAUCGGCCUGGUGUGGGCCAUCAGCGUGGUCAUCUGCCUGCCGCCGCUUUUCGGCUGGAACGACUGGCCCGAGGCCUUCACGCGCGACACGCCCUGCACGCCCACCAACCAGAAGGGCUACGUCGUCUUCUCCUCCGUCGGCUCCUUCUACUGCCCGCUCCUCGUCAUGGCCGUCCUCAACGUCAAGAUCUUCCGCUCCAUCCGCAGCAGGCUCCGAAAGCGCGCCUCCAGGCACAGCCAAGUGCUCGACCUCGGAAACAUCCGGUUUUCGCGGAUAGACAACAUCUCGACGUAUAUGGCGCCGCCUGCGAGUCGCCCCGCCCGCGCCCUCAGCGGGACCUACGCGAGGCCUCCGGACGACGACGCGCCGCGCGACGGUGGCGCCAAGAGAAGCGAACCCACGCUCCCCAACGACGACAACGAGAUCCAGCAGGUCAUCCGGAGGACGCGGAAGAUCUCCCUGACGAAGGAGCGCCGCGCCGCCCGGACACUGGGCAUCAUCAUGGCCGCCUUCGUGGUGUGCUGGCUGCCCUUCUUCCUGAUGUACGUGAUCCUGCCCUUCUGCCCUUCGUGCGCGCCCCCAAGCCCCAAGCUCAACACCUUCAUCAUCUGGCUCGGCUACGUCAACUCGGCACUCAACCCCGUCAUCUACACCUUCUUCAACCAAGACUUCUCGAAAGCCAUCGCCAAGAUCCUGAGGCGACCCACAAAGUGAACGGACGGACGUGGGAUCGAGUGAUCGGGCGAACAUGCGAACGGAUGAACGUGUGAAUGUGCGAACGUGUGAACGAGUGAAAGGGCGAUCCGUUUGUGAGGUGAAGCAAACAUCCCACACACACACACGCACAAAAAAACUAUAAACAAUAACAACAACAAUAAUGACAACUGCAACGUUCUACCAAUGAUAAUAAUUAUCCAAAACCUGUGAUUAUCCAAGAUUACCAGAAUUCUGUGUCGAACUUAAAGCAGGAAGAGAGACAAGGGCAAGGGCGCUGAGGCUCUAAAUAUUUUUAUCAUAUUUUGAUAUUAUGAUUAAAGUGAUUCUGUGUCGCGUAAGAUGGACCAUUUUUCCGUUUAACUUUUUGCUAAUAAAUGAUUAUUAAAAUACAAAAUAAGUGCUUUUUAUACA